CCUCAUCUCUGUCUCACUCUCUAUCCACGCUCAGGGUUAGGGUUUUGCUGAGGUCAAAAAAAUGGCGACUCGCUUCUUCACUCGCUCUCUCCUCACAACCAAACAAACCAUCUCUUCGGUCCUCUCUCGCUCCUACACCUCUAUUUCUCUCUAUACUCCUUCAUCUUCUCUCUCUACUCCUUCCUCUAUCCUCCGCCUCCGCCCUCUCGUCGCUGUCUCCGCCCACUUCCGCCGCCUCUCUCCGGCGGCGUCUUCCAUCCGAGGGUUCUCCACUCGCCAGACCUCGUCGUCUCUCAACGAUCCGAACCCUAACUGGUCCAAUCGUCCCCCGAAGGAGACGAUACUGCUCGAUGGUUGCGAUUUCGAGCACUGGCUUGUUGUUGUGGAGAAACCCGAGGGUGAACCCACCAGAGACGAGAUCAUCGAUAGCUACAUCAAAACCCUAGCUAAAGUUGUUGGGAGUGAGGAGGAAGCAAGGAUGAAAAUCUAUUCAGUCUCAACUAGACACUAUUUUGCAUUUGGAGCCCUUGUAUCUGAAGAAGUUUCAUACAAAAUCAAAGAAUUGCCAGGGGUUCGUUGGGUGCUUCCUGACUCUUACUUGGAUGUUAGGAAUAAAGAUUAUGGAGGGGAGCCUUUCAUUAAUGGACAAGCUGUACCUUAUGACCCCAAGUACCACGAGGAAUGGGUGAGAAACAAUGCUCGGGCAAAUGAUAGAAAUAGGCGCAAUGACAGACCUCGUAACUUUGACAGAUCAAGAAACUUUGAAAGAAGGAGAGAGAAUAUGCAGAAUCGAGAUUUCCAGAACCCUGGAUCCAACAUGGGGCCACCUGGAUCCAACAUGGGACCACCACCCAAUACGGGACCAAUGCCCCCCAAUAACAUGGGAGGUGGCCAGCCCAAUAUGGGUGGGAUGCCACCUAAUAACAUGGGAGGCAUGCAGCAGCAAAACAUGGGACGAAUGCCUCCAAAUAAUAUGGGAAUGCCACCAAACAAUAUGGGGAGACAGCGGUGAUUCUCCUACUUCUCUGAUCUCCUUCUGCUUUUCCUCUUUUUGAUCCUCCUUCUGAUAUUUUUCUCAUCAAUCUGGCCAUCACCCCCUUACCUUCUCCACCCUUGAGUCCAACACUAUAAAAUUAGCUUUCCUAAUACUGACGUUAAAUAACAUGUUUGUUUUACACUAGCCGAUCAGCUCGACCUCAAUGUUCUAUCUUGACCAGCAAAUGUGAGUCUUCAUAUCCCAACUCUCUUUGAUCCUCCUCUGGACUCCCUUUACUCUUCCUCUUUUUGAUCCUCCUCUAGAUUUGAUAUUUGUCUCACCAGUCUGCCCAUCACCUCCUUACCUUCUCCACCCUUGAGUCCAACACUUUAAAAUUUGACUUCCUAAUACUAACUCUGAAUAACCCGUUUAUUUCACACUAGAUGAUCACCUCAACCUCAAUGUUCAAUCUUGACCAGCAAAGAUGGAGUCUUCAUAUUCCAAAACGAUCACCUCAACCUCAAUAUUCUAUCUUGACCAGCAAAGGUGGAGUCUUCACAUUCCACGACGAUCACCUCAACCUCAAUGUUCUAUAUUGACCAGCAAAUGUGGAGUCUUCACAUUCCAAAACGAUCGCCUCAACCUCAAUAUUCUAUCUUGACCAGCAAAGGUGGAAUCUUCACAUCCCAAGUUGAAGGUUAAUAAACAGUAGAGUUUUGAAUGAGUAUGGUGACGAUUUGGAUCUAGAUUAUUUCAGUUUAUUUUUUUUUAAUUUUUAGUUUGUUGAUAUAAUAAUCUUUUAUGUGAGAAUGUUUGUUUCCCUCUCUUGUGAGGGUCUUUUCUCCUCCUCUAUGGAGGCUUAGAUCCUUCUAAGUUCUUAUCUUUUUUUAGAUCUUGUGAUAUCAUUAUAUUAGAUUGAUCCGAUCUUUUAUUAAUUUUGCAAUGAAAAUUUUCUUUCCCAUCUAAA